AAUAUCAAAGAGCCCUCUCCCAACACCAGAGGGUGUGAGGAGAAAAUGAAUGUUGUGAACGCAGUUCCCGUUUAGGGGGCGUUAACCGUCGUACUCUCGCGAUACUUUACCCUCCAUGCGCGUGCGCCGCCGCCUCGCGCACGUUGGAGAAGCUGAGUUGGAGGAUCAUGGCGGAGCGCAGGAGACACAAGAAGCGGAUCCAGGAGGUGAGCGAGCCCACUAAGGAGGAGAAGGCGGUGGCCAAGUACCUCAGAUUCAAUUGCCCCACCAAGUCCACGAACAUGAUGGGCCACAGAGUCGACUACUUCAUCGCCUCCAAGGCCGUGGACUGUCUGAUGGACUCCAAAUGGGCUAAAGCUAAGAAAGGAGAGGAGGCGCUGUUCACCACCAGGGAGUCCGUGUUGGAUUACUGCAACAGACUUCUAAAGAAGCAGUUCUUCCACCGAGCUCUCAAAGUGAUGAAGAAGAAACCUGAGAAAGACACAAAGAAGGAGAAAGAGAAGGAGAAAGAGAAGGAGAAAGAGAAGGAGAAGGAGAAAACCAAGAGCGACAGCAGCAAAGAGGAGGAGAAAAAAGGGAAGAAGGAGAAAGAGAAGAAGAAAGAGACCGAAGUUGCUGAAACUAAGAAAGACAAGAGCGAUGACAGUCCUGGAAGCCCCAAGAAGAAGAAGGAAGUUAAGAAGAAGUUUAAACUGGAGCCCCACGAGGAUCAGCUGUUCUUGGAUGGAAAUGAGGUUUACGUGUGGAUCUACGAUCCCGUCCAUUUCAAGACGUUUGCCAUGGGACUGAUCCUCGUCAUCGCGGUGAUCGCAGCCACUCUCUUCCCACUGUGGCCGGCAGAAAUGCGCGUCGGGGUUUACUACCUAAGUGUCGCCGCUGGCUGUUUCGUGGCCAGUAUCUUGCUUCUGGCUGUCGCCCGCUGCAUCCUCUUCCUGCUCAUCUGGCUGGUGACCGGCGGGCGCCAUCACUUCUGGUUCCUCCCCAACCUGACGGCGGACGUCGGCUUCAUCGACUCGUUCAGGCCGCUCUACACUCACGAGUACAAAGGGCCGCGGUCCGGCAACAAGAAAGGCUCGGACAAGACAGACGAGAAGGACGCCGACGACGCCUCGGGCAAGGCUCAGAAGUCGGACAGCGACGAGAAGUCGGACAGCGAGAAGAAGGACUGCGACGAAGAGGAGGAGGAGGAGGAAGAGGAGGAGAGCAAAGAGGUCGGGGGAGAGGAGAGUAAAGAAGAAGCAGCGGCGGAGAGGCACUCGGACACGGACAGCGACCGGCGUGAGGACGAAGGCUCGCAGCACAGCAACGGAAACGACUUUGAGAUGAUCACCAGAGAAGAGCUGGAGCAGCACACGGAGGAAGAGGAGGAGGAUCAGGAGGGGGAGGAGGGGGAGGAGGAGGAGGAGGAAGACGGGGAGGAUACGACGACGCAACAGAGGAAGGAAGAUGGUGGGAGUGAGACUAAACCCCAGACUGCUGAAACAUAAACUUCUUACAAAUCCCAUCACUCUCUACUUCUCUGUCUCUGUCCUCCCCUCCCUGCCGCCUGUGACCCAGGACCCGGUGGUCCGCCCCAUCUGAGGCCUCCGUCUCCUCUGCACGGGAUCGUCCACCGAACAGCACCGAUGAAACCAGAACCCCGGAUCGUCACCACCCUCAAAAGUUAACGGCUACAACAACGGGGGGAGGGGGUAGGGUGGUGUAUGUUAAAGAAAAGCCUUAUGGUGGAUUUGACUCCUCCCACUCUAAUGUUAUUUAUGUUCAACUAAAAAACUGCCACCGGACACGUUUUGCCUGAGGAAGUCGUCAACGAAAAGCCCGUCACAGCAACAACAACAACUUAUUUUUCUAUUUUCUCAGUUUCUCGUGUUAUUUCAACAUCUUAUUUUUUCUUUGUUUUUUCAUUUAUGUCCCAUCUUUUAUUUGUAUUUUUCAGUGAGUUCGAAUCCAGAUCUGAUCUUAGCCAUCAUGCCCAAACUGACCAGUAAGGGAAAAUGCUUUUUGUUUUUAGUAUCUUCGUUCCGGGUCGUUUGGUACAAUCAUGUUAAUUCCGGAGAAAGCCAGAAAGCCCUCAAAAUUUAUUUUUUUAUGUGUUAUUGUGAUUAAACUCCUGCGGGAGCUCGUUUCACAUCCUGUCAAACGCCAGCAAGUGUAAUGUUUUCCUCAGGCAGCACUUAAAAAAAAAUGCAAAUCUGACCAGUUGCGUCUACUUUGAAACGAAGCCGGGUGGACCAAAUCCAGUAGUUUACUAAUAAAAAAAUAAAAAAAAUAAAAAACUCAACUAUAUUGUGGCUGGAGAAGUAUUUGGAGACCAGAGCAGUUGCGGCUCUUUGAGGUACUUGCCAUCGUCAGAAUGUUUAUGGCGUCUGGUUCAUGGUAUAACGUGGGACUCGUCUGUGAGAGUGAAUUUGAGCGACUGGGACACAGCACUUAAUGUUCCUUUUCUUUUUUUUAUUUCAGCAUUUGUUGUACAACUAAAGCAAGAAGACAAAACAUUGAUUUGAUUUAUCUGCAAACAGAUGAGAAGUAAAGCAAACUAGUGCCAAACACGACUAAUCAUGAUGUUCUGCAUGCUGAUGUAACGCGGCAGAGUUGUUGAAUUUGUUCAUUUUGUAAACAUGCAGUGUCGAACUCAACUCAAAACCUUUUAACAUCUUUGAAAAAAAUAAUGCAGCGCAGCAACAAGGUUGUUAGUGUCCAGCUAUAAACAAAGAUUACUGGUCUCAAUGAAACCGCUUGUGUGUUCGACACUAGACUCGCAUCUGAACCGGUCGAACCGACAUGUCGGAAAGGUCGCGGGCGUUUCCUCGUGGAUCCAGCUCGACGACCGUUCUGGUUCCCGGUCGGAGCUUGGUACCCGGCAGCCCGUGGUCCGAGCUUGGUCCUUCCCAUCAUCCCUCUGGCUAGAAAAUGUCUUAGAAGCUUCUCUUUAGUCACAGCCAGGAUUAUAUUUAAGUAUAAAGAAAAAAAUAGGAAUGUAUCAUUUAUAUAUGGAUUCUAUUGAUAUAUCAAAUAUAUACGUACAGUCUACGGAACUUUUUUUCCUCCUUUUCUUUUUUUUACCGGGAAUAUAAAUUAUACCUCCUCAAUGUUUAUAAUGCUCUUUUUUUAUGUUCAUCAGUAGUGUAGUCAUUUUAAAGGUUUCGUCUGGGUUAUUAGAAAGCUGCGGGGAUUUAUUAGCUGUCAACAUCUGUAUUUUUUCUUUUUACACAGAAACAUUGAAUGUGUUUUGCUGUAUUUCUCAUUCACAACUCUGUCAUUAACCCGAGGUCAUAAAAAACAGUGGCUUGUGUGGAAGAGCAACCCGCCACUUCCCACAUGAUCUGAUGUGGUAAAAAAUAAUAUAUUCCAAACACUUUCUGUAGAGUUUGUCCUUCUGUUUGACCUGAACAUGAACCCACCUCGACCGUCAUUCAGUCGUCUGUUCUCCUGCUCUCGUUUGUUUUCUGAUAUCUGUUUUUUUGUCUUUUUUCAUUUCGUCCCCAAAAAUGGGCAAAGUGCAUCUCUGUGUCUUCUUGAGUUGCAAGUCGCUCAAUAUUGGCAAAAAAAAAAAAAACGUUUCACAAACGAGAGAAAAUGAAUUCUUCUCCCAGUUGUUCUUGACUGCUGCACAGUAUUGGUCUGUUGUAUAUUGUAGUAUCAUCACUUCUCUGCGCUGCUGCUUCUCAUCGCACAUUUCUGGGAGAAAAUAAAAAGUGAAACUGUAAUAACAUCCAUGUUUUUAGCUCUGGUCAGAAACCGUGUCUUUUGAUCACCUAGUCGUCCACUUUUGGAUCAGUGUCAUCCUGGAGACUGUCUCAUGCAAUAUUGGAGUAUAAUUUAAUUAAAAAAAUGGAUGUCUGGAAAUAUAUCUGUAUCUUAUUAUUGCAAUAAAUAUAUAGAAAGCA